AUACCACUUGGCUGCAGUCUCGCAGUCGCGUCCCGGCAACUAACAUGAAUGUACAUACACACUGGAGUGUCUAAUACACUAUACACUACUAUAUCACAUACACAUGACACCAGCCGUAAGUUACUAGUGUUUUGGUUUAUUGCAGUGUCGAAUAUCGAACAGUUAAGUGUCCUACUCAGCUAUAGGAUAUCCCCAAAAGGACUACUCCGCUUUUUAUUUUAAACUGUAAAUUUGAACCGUGCUCAUGUGCUCAGUCGCCGCGAUGCCUGCAGACUACGAUCUUCUGGUCGCUCAUAGUCCACCGGUCUUCAACCACAGUCCUCCGUCAUACUUCCCGUCAUACAACUCGUGCCGGCUCUCCACCUCACCCAACCCUCUCAUGGUCUCCCCUAAGCCUUCUCCUACACCUCUCCGCCGAGCCAACACAGUACCCAAGCCGAACACGUCCUCCUGCACCCCCAGACGCCCUUGCCUCGUCUUACGACACGAUGACUCCUCGAGCUCCUCCGACGAGAACGACCUCCCCUCACCGACCAGGUCGAAAAAGAGGGUCGUCUUCGCCGAUGACAAAGGCUUCUCGCUUACACAGGUGCGACUGAUGUCGGAGCCCUCGUUCAUGCCUCCCAGUUGGAACUCCCAAUUCCUGAAGCUAGUGACGCAGGGUGUGUCCGCCGAGGUGGCCCCGGAGCCAUGGGAGUGCUGCUUCUCCCAGCCCGCCUCAGACUACCUGGAGUUCCGACGCCGCCUGGACGAGAACUACGUCUCCCUGGAGAACGUGAUCGUCAAGGAGUCGGUCGAGUCCGUCGUGGGGACUGUCAAGGUGAAGAACCUCACUUUCGAGAAGGAGGUGGUCAUCCGUUCCUCAGCGGACGAGUGGGGAACGCAGGAAGACACCUACUGCACCUUCGUCAACAACACCAACCCCUCGAUGCCCGGGUCGGUCAAGGUCAUCUACGACACCUUCUCCUUCAAGUUGACCUUGCCGCCGAGGUCGAGAAAGAUCGAGUUCUGCGUCUGCUACCGCUGCGACGGUAAGGAGUUCUGGGACAGCAACUGCGGGAAGAACUACGUCCUCGUGAAGAAACAGGCCGGUGGACAGUCAUUACAUUCAGAACCCAUGCCCAUCCCUAGUCGGCGGUUCCACGAUGCGGUCUACGCCAAGGUGGACUCUUGGUCGGAGUUCGCGUCCUGGAAUCAUCUGACGAACGAUGGUCCAUACUGGUGACUUCGUCAUCGGCUAAGGACCUCCGUGGUCCCAUCAUCUUCUCUGUGAGAAGUAAUUAAAGGAUUUCUCAGAGGCAGCUCCCAUCUUACUGAAGAGGAGGGCUUCUCUCCUCCUCUUGCAGAGGAUGUCCUCCUUCGCCCGGGGGCAGAUCCCGCUUACCAGUGGAUACCACCUUCCACGCACCACCAUAACCUCGAAGGAUAGAAACAUCACCAUUCCUCUGUAAAGAUUUAAAUAUAAUUGUAUAUUAUUAUGUUGUUUUUACUGAUAGUUCCACACCGUUGCAACUAUAUUGACUGAUUGUGUGGUUGAUUUUAUAAACCAUUGUACAAUAUUCUUCCUCUAUUAGGCCUCUUAGGACUUCUUUUUAAGUUAGGCUUUAUAAACCUGUCAGACCGAAAUCUGUCGCUGAUGUUACGGUUUUGAUGGUUUAGGGUUGCGUCAAUGUACAGAACGGGAAGGUAUGCUGAAGACUGAGAUAUUUUUAAGGUUAGGAAGCAGUGGCUCUUUGAGAAAUGUACAGGCUGUUGAAUGUUUCCUACAGAUUUUACUGGCUAGUGAUCCCCUGUUGUUUUAUUGUUGUUUUAUGCCUUGUUAUUUUAUUAAUUUUAUGUCUACGCCUUCUGUGCCAUAUCAGAAAUAGAAUAAUGAUUCCCGUCUGUUUAAGGUGGACUUUACUGUGAUAGACUUCUAUACGUAGUAUAGAUAUAACUUUUAUUUAUUGUCUUUUAUAAAGAUGUUACGCAAAUUAGGGAAUCAGCGGUUUAUCACAGUAAAACCCGUCUUUACAUCACAGGGUGAAGUAAAUUUGCCAAAUUAGAAUACGAUUUUCAUAGUUCCUGGAAUCUGCAGAAGAUUGUGCAAACUUAGGUCUGAAUUUCUACGGGAAAGUAGUGUAUAAAUAAAUAGUAGCUGCUAAUUAAUUUUUUUAUUAAAACUGCAUAAACUUUGUAAAAAAUGUCUUUAUAUUUUAGCAAAAAAGGUUGUAGUCAAUAACUGUAGGCUGUAUUAUGCUAGAAAUGUAAUUAAACUUUAUUAGUUUUAAUGUCUUAAGAAGCCAAGUAAACUUAAGUGUUGAUGAUAUAUUAAAGAUUUUAUUUAGUUAAUUGUUAAUAUAUUUACAUGUGUUAAAGAUUUAACUGAUUUUAAAAAUUUCAGAAAUUUCUAAUCAAUGUAUGUAAAAUCUCGGUUUUUAUUUCUCGUUUUCCAUAUUUCUUGCAAUUUAUCGAACUCCACACACGAAAGGCAGUUUUUGUAGGUGCUGGAUAGUUUUUUAUAUCAGAGAACCUAUGUGCUAAGCUGUAAUAAUAAUCUGUAUUUAAAUGUGAUAUUGAUUGGUAUUACUGUGGCAUGUACGAAAGGUGUGUGAAUCAAUGUGUCAGACAUGCAGCUGGAGGUGUGGCCAAUGUAGUUUUAUUCAUUGCAAGAAACUCUUUUGAACCCAAGACGAGAAAAAUUUUAAAUCUAAGAGCAGAAUUCGCAUGAUGAUUCAAAGCUAAUUUCAUAAUGUUACGAAAUGUUAUUUUAAUGUUACAAAAUUGUUUUACUAUUGUUUAGUGUCAAUAUUACUUAAUAAAUGUACAUAUCAUUAGAAUGUAGUGAUUUCAUUCUAAACUAUGAAUUAAUAUUGUCAUGUGUGUACCAAACCAGACAGGCUGAUUGUACAUGUUUCUAUUAGCGAUUUAUAUAUCUUGUUUAUUUUUCUUUUUUAUUAUAGUUCUUAGUUUCUGUUAUUAGAUCAUUGAAUUUUGAUGUAUUAUAGGAAAAACAGUCAGAUAAAGGAAGCCCAUUGUAAAUAGUGAAGUGGUUAAAGAGAUGAAAGAAAUGCACAGAAUGCAACCUAACUUUAGUUUAGAACAGUAGAUUAGACCAGUGAAUUGCCUGAGUGCCAUUAGGGGGCUAGACUCCGUUCAGUCUAUUCUAUCCCUUGUAUUUAUUGGGGAGGGGGGUUUUAUAUAUCUCAGUCAUUGUACAUUUUCAACCCUACAUUUCAUUUUAUUAGUGUUUUAUUAAUAAAUAUUAUUGCCAUUAACUUAACAUUUUUAUAUUUUUACGUAUGUCUUGUUAAUAUCUUUACAAUUUCAUCCUCAUCUUGUACACUUUCUUGUAGAUUUUCUAUUAGAAUUAUAUUGUAAAUUGUUUUGAACUAUUUUUUGUAAACACGCUUUGCUCAUGAA